GUUUGAUUUAUAGAAUACCUCAGCAUUAGCAUAAACGAUGGCAUUUGGAAAGGAUAGGAGGUCUAGAAAUGAAGAAGAACGCCAUGGUAUAAAACUUCCGGGUGAACUUCUCGACCAAAUCAAUUCUACUAGCUAUGAUAGCGAUACAAGAUUUAGUCAAUUCAAUAAUAAGAAGAGGAAGAAGUCAGAGCCACAGAUUUCAAGAAAGGAGAAGAGGAAACAAGAACGUAACUUGAAAAAGCAUAAGAAGUCGAAGAACCAGCCGAACCAGAGAAGUUCAAAGGGUCACGAACAGACACCGCAACAGAGACAUAGAAGUGAAGAUGAUCUUGAAGAAGACCUACAAGAAGACGAUUCUAUGAGAGCUUUGAAAGUGAAGAAAGCAAACGUAAGCGAAGAACACGACGAUCCUUUGGCUGCCUUGAAAGCAUUGAAACAGUUCAAAGGAUCGAGAAGUAAUGGUGAUAUUCGCAUCGUAAAAGAAGAUGAUUUAGAUGAUGAGCUAAGUGAAAAUGACCUAGGUGAUGAACUAAGUGAAGAUAAUCUAGAUGAUAACGACUCAGCUGAUGAUCAGUUGGAGGAAGAUGAGUUUCAAGGUUUCGAUGAAGAUAGCAGAGGCAGUGAAGAAGAAGUUGAUGAAGAACUAGACUCAGACGAUUUUGAUGAAGAAAUCGACGACGAUGAAGAGAUUCCAGAUGAUCCUCUUGCACAAUUAAAAGCUUUGAAAGAGGCCAAGUCAAAAGAUAAACCCAAGGAAACGAAAAAAGGUAAAAGCAAAGCUCCUGAGCCUGAAUUGGUUCCUGAUUUCUCUCAGUCGGGCGGUAGAGAAGAGGACGAUAUGGAGUUCUAUGCCAAAAAGUUAGGUUUGAAAAAUGGUAAGAAGUCAAAAUUGUCAAAGGAAGACGAUGACGAUCUUAUUGGUGGGUUGCUUGAUGGUUUGGACUUUGACUAUUUGGACGGGUCUGAAUCAAAAGAAACAAAAGACUCAAAAGAUACAAAAGCCUCGAAAGGUAAGGAUUCCAAAAAGAAUAGCGAUCUUCCUUUUAGCUCAGAUGAUGAAAUAAGUGAAGGUGAUUUUGAUUCAGAUUUAGGCUCUGAACUCGAAGGUUUAGAGUCGGAAUCUGGUGAAAGCGACGAUGAAGAUACACCACGAGUCAAGGAAAACCCUUAUGUUGCACCUGUACAAGAUAAUUCAAAUUCAGAAGAUGAGACUGAUGGGAAUGGUGAAGCUCCUAAAAAAUACAUUCCUCCUGCAUUACGUCGUAAAUUAGCAUUAGAAUCUUCAGAAGUCUCUCCCGAAAUAUUAGCUCUUCAAAAAUCCAUCAAGGGGCCCUUAAAUAAAUUAUCGGAAGCUAACAUUGGAUCAAUUGUGAAUGAAAUCAAUGGUCUAUACACUUCUUAUUCAAGACAUCAUGUCACAGAUAACAUUGUUUCUAUUGUAUUGGAUAGUAUAGUUCAACAAGGUAGACUUCUUGAUACUUUUGUUUAUUUGCAUGCUUCAUUAGUUGUUGCUAUUUAUCGUUUACAAGGUGCUGAGUUUGGUGCUUUUUUUAUUCAAACAUUGGUUGAAAAAUUUGAAAAAUACCAAAAGGAAGAUACCCAAGGUAAAGAAGCUUCUAACGUAGUAUCCUUAUUAUCCUCAGUUUAUAUGUUUCAAUUAGUCUCUUCAAAAUUGUUAUACGAUAUCAUUAAAACAUUAAUUAAUGACCUUAAUGAAAAAAAUGCAGAGUUAUUGGUAAGAUUAAUCCGAAACUCAGGUAAUCAAAUGAGAUCUGACGAUCCUUCCUCGUUAAAAGAUAUUGUUCUUUUGAUUAAAAAUAAAGCAUCUUCACUUACAUCAGAUCAAUUAAAUACUAGAACUCAAUUUUUAAUUGAAACUAUCACCUCUUUGAAAAAUAACAAGCUUAAGAUUAAUAACGAGUCAAGUCACCAGUUGACUAUUAGAUUGAAAAAAUUCUUGGCCACUAUCAAUAAUAAUAAAUUCAAUGAUCCAAUUCAAGUGUCGCUUGAUGAUAUUCAUAAUGUUGAAACAAGAGGAAAAUGGUGGCUAGUUGGUUCUGCCUGGAAAGGACUUGAUAACAACACGGAAAGUACAGAAGUAAACGUUAAUCAAGAAGCUUUGGAUGAUAUCUUAGAUAAUGCUGAACCCAAUUGGAUGGAAUUAGCUAGACUGCAAAGAAUGAACACAGAUAUUAGAAGAGCCAUCUUUGUUUCGAUCAUGUCAGCUAAUGAUUAUGUUGAUUCUCUUACUAAAUUGGAUAAGUUAGCCUUGAAAAGGUCUCAAGAAAGAGAAAUACCUCGUGUCUUAAUGCAUUGCACAGGUGUUGAACCUGCUUGGAACCCAUACUAUGGAGUUUUAGCAGCAAAAUUAUGUGAUAGUCAUCAACACAGAAAAACUUUUCAAUUCAUGCUUUGGGAUUUACUAAAAGAAUUAGAUGGUCCACAAGAUAAUGAUUCUGAAGCAGAGGACUUCACGGGUUUCGAUAAUGAUGAAGAUGAUGAAAGCAAAUUGAAAAGGAUUCUCAAUUUGGGUAGAUUUUACGGUUUCCUUUUAGCUGAAGGUUCAUUGCCUUUACACAUUUUAAAAAACAUCAACUUUUUAACUGCUGCUAGUGACAGUAAAUUACUUUUGGAAGUAUUAUUCGUCACCUUAUUGGACAACAUUGCUAAGAAGUCACAAGUCAAUGCUGUAGGUACUGGAUUGAAAUCAAAAAAGGGUCAAGACCAAAAAUUUGAUGAUAGAAUAUUAAUCGAAAGGUUGUUGAAAGCCAGGGAACAAAAAUCUUUAUUAAGAGGGUUGCAAUAUUUUUUGGUUGAAAAAGUACAGAAGAGUGACUUCAUCAGUGGUAAAAAACAAAGAAAGAGAAUUGAUUGGGCCAUUAACUCUUUGCAAGAUAUUAUAGAUGAAUUCUUGAGAGAAUCUGCAGACUGAAUACAAG